GGGCAACGCGCCGCAGGGUCGCAGCUGGAGUGACGCGAGGUGUCUUACUGAAGGCUCUCAGAGCACGGUAAUCUGAGAGAUGGCUGAAGAGGACUCGGAAAGCGCGGCCACCGACUCCCAGACGGAGGAGGAUGGCGAGCUGCCUGUCAUCCAACUGUGUGGGCUGGUGGAGGAGCUCAGCUAUGGAAACUCUGCUCUCAAAACAGAAACAGAGAUGUUUGAGAAAUAUUACUCUAGACUGGAACCCAGGGACCACCGAAUGCCACGGUUAUCAGAAAUUAAAGUAUCAGCAGCAGAAUUUUCACAGUUUCGAAGCAGGCGUAAAUCCAAGGCCCGCUCAGGUCUGGACCGUUCAGCAGGCCUCACUGUAGACCAAAAACUUGAGCUUGUACAGAAGGAGCUAGAAGACACAAGAGAUGAAAUUCGGCACAUGCGGGCUAAUGCAGAACGGGACCUGCAGCACUAUGAGGCUAUCAUUGAGGAAGCUGAAAUUCGAUGGGCUGAAGUUCAGAGAGCAGUGCAUGACUUUGAAAAAGAUAUCCUGAAAACCAUAUCCAAGAAGAAAGGGAGCAUCCUGGCCACUCAGAAAGUGAUGAAGUACAUCGAGGAUAUGAACCGCCGGAGGGAUAAUAUGAAGGAUAAAUUAAGUUUGAAAAAUGUUUCUCUUAAAGUUCAGAAGAAAAAGAUGCUUUUACAAUUGAGACAGAAGGAGGAGGUUGGCGAGGCCCUGCACGACGUUGACUUUCAGCAGCUGAAAAUCGAGAAUGCUCAGUUCUUAGAGACGAUUGAAGCAAGGAAUCAAGAACUGAUCCAGUUGAAGCUGGCCUCUGGGAACACCCUGCAGGUCCUCAACACAUACAAGAACAAGCUUCACCGGGCAAUGGAGAUAUACAACAGUCUGGACAAGGAGAUCUUGCAGAGAAAUGAGCUACUCGGGAAAAUUGAAAAAGAAGCCAUACAAGCAGAGGAGGACAGGGCCAAAGCCCAAACCUUGAACACCAGGUUACGGAAGCAGCUGGCAGAGUUCCGGGCUCCCCAGGUGAUGAUGUACGUCAAGGAGAAGAUCUUGAAUGGGGACCUGGAGAAGACCAUCAAGAUGUGGGAGAGGAAGGUGGAGAUCGCAGAGAUGUCUUUAAAAGGGUACCGAAAGGCCUGGAAUAAGAUGAAAACAUCAGAUGAGCAGCUACAGACAGUCCGGCCCCCCGGGAAGUAGCCAGGAGCAGCCCAUAGCUUGUAGACUGAGAAAUGGUCCAUUAAAGUACUGUAGUGUUUUCCAGUA